AUGGCGUUCUUGCCGUUGCUUGACGCUGCGAACAAGCGACAGCCACCGUCGACUCCCGGCACAAUCUCACCCCCAAGGGCUCAAGUCAUCGUCAAUUCGUCGAUUGCUGGAUGGUUUCAUGUGGUGUAUCCAAGUGUCCCAUAUACAUUAACCAAGCCCGCUCUGACGCAGAUGGUCAAGUUGCUUUCGACAACGUUUGCGCCCCAUGAUAUCCGUGUUAACGGUAUUGCACCGGGCGUCUACGCAACUGAGUACAUUUCGAGCUUAUACGGUGGCUAUGAACGCAUUACAUCUUACGGGAGAUAUUGUGGGGCUUCUCCUCUAUAUGGCGAGUGUUUCUGGGGGAAAUCUCAACGGUAG